AUGGUUUCCAGAUUAUCCUUCCUUUUUAUUUUUUUCUUUUAUUUUGUUUUAAUUAAAGCAACACCAACAACAACGCCAACUGAUUCACUUCAAAAUUGUCAAGGUAAUCCAAUAUGUGGUGGACCAGAACAAGGUUAUUGUUUCGAAAAUAGUUGUGUUUGUUAUUCACCUUAUGUAGGUUUAGAUUGUACUUCAAAAGUUAUAAUUAUACCAACACCAAUAUCAUCACAAGAGGCACCAAACACUGAAAUCGAUGAUGAUAGUAAUAGUGAAUAUGUUAUUUUAAUAACUGAAAUCAGAGAACUUGAUUUUGAUGGUAAAACAGUGACUAGUCAUAUUCUUACUAAUUGGGGAAUAAUAGGAAAUUUAAACAAUAUAUCAUAUUAUCAAACAACAAUUCUACAAGGUGGUGUAACAACAAGAGUUAAUGUAACAAAAGAAUUACUUGAAGAUCAAGAAUUAACAAAAAUAAAAUAUUCAGUUAAUCUCUCACAAUAUGCUUUUCAAAGUGCUUUAAAUGUUUUACAAAUUAUAUUUAAAGUACAAGUUCAAUUAAAUGAAACUAGUAAUACGACUAUUUGCUCGAGUAAAGAAUAUGCUUUUACAACACAACCAGAUGAUUCUAGCUAUGUUAGACUUCAAGUUGCAAAUAGUACUCUUUUAAGUAGAUUCCCAAAUAGUUGUUUCGCUGAUGCUAAAAUCAUAUCAACAUCAUCAAUUAGUUUAGAUUCUGGCGAUUUGAAAUCCAAAGCCAAUAAUGUGGAAUCACAUAUUGGUAUUUCAAUUCCUAAUUAUCAAUCAUGGAUAAUUUUUGAUUCUGAUUUUUCAUUUUCACUAGGGAAAGCAGCAAAUUCUAAUUCACCAAAUUCAGUUUGCUCACCAUCUGAAGAAUCACAAUCUAGUUCAUCUCCAUCCUCAUCAUUAUCUGAAAAUAGUGAAUCGUCAUUAACUUCUUCUUCUUCUUCUUCUUCAUUAUCAUCAUUUUUAUUCAAAGGUCAAUUUGUUAAAAUUAUUACUGUUUUUAUAUUUUUAAUAAUUAUUUGUUAA